AUGAGCCCCGCUGGGCGUGGCAGCGUGCGGCCAAAGCAGCCGCGGGCCCGAGCGCAGCGCCGCGCCGCACUGAAGUUGCACAGGUGGCUAUGCAUCAUUCCGCUCGCCAUGCACGGGGAGGCGUUCCUUCCCCAGCCAUGGCUUGCCUGGUCCGGACGGAGAGUCUCCAGGAUUCCGUGUGCAAGUGAAGCCGGUGAAGCCCUGGGUGCCAAUGGCCCGUGGCCCUUGAGUGCCGCAGAUGCGCGGUCGCUGGAACAGGUGAUCCUGGUACACCGGCACGGCGCUCGCUUCCCCACGAAGCCCACGGGCAAGGCGGAUCUGGCCUGGCCGAUCCGGACGUCCUUCUGGGAAAGCUACAAAGGCCACCUGACUCCGGUGGGCAGCAAGCAGCUGCAGGAGAUUGGGGACGUGCUUCGGCAGCGCUAUGUUGGACGCACGCCCGGCACUGCAAGCAACCUCUUCCGGGGGAUUGCGAAGAUGGAUGGGAGAAGCAUAGCUGUUUACACCUCCAACGUGCAACGGACAUUGCAGAGCGCCUGGGCUUUUCUGCUUGGUUUUGUGCCCUUGGCCGCGGUGUUCUUCGCAUUCCGAUCAGAGCGCGUCUUCGCGGAUGCAGAGCGCCGAACUGUGGGCAUCCCCAUUUACAUCGAGGAUGCCGUCGACUCUGACGACAAGCUGUUCCAUGAGUGGAAGCUGGAUGAUGGCUACGAGGCCUGGAGGGCGGAGAACACAAAGCAGUCUCGCUUUCUGAAAGAUGCAGCCGCCCGGCCAGAAUACCGGCAACUCCUCGACAAGCUGUACAAGUGCAGCAGGGAAGAGCGAUUGGCCCCAAAGAAGGGCAUCAUGGAAAGGCUCAUUGCUGCCAAAGACUUGGACACGCAGGUUGCCAUCGAGGAGGCUCACAAUCGUCCGGUCCUUGUCAACGAAGACGGGAUUGCUAUCGACGAGGAAGACCGAGCCAUGCUGAAGCGCAUCGGUGACGAAGUCAAACGCCGCUGGUACGGGGCGGCGUCUGGGUUGGUGGAGGAGUCCUACGGCAAGAAGGGAGCAGGCUACCUGGCGCACAAGAUCUGCCGACACAUGCAGCAGAAGGCUGCUGGCAAGUCACAGCUGCGCUUCGUUGAGAUGUCCUGCCACGACACCACGCUGUGUGCGCUGGCCACUCACCUGGGCCUGGAGCUUCCCACGAUCGGCUUCGGCGCCUUCUUGCUCUUCGAGCUCCACUCUUCCCAGGAUGGGCACUUUGUGAAGGUCUAUUUCAAUUCGGACCCCGCCUCAGGGGCGGCUUCCUACUCCGGCUUGAGGCCGCUCCUGCUACCGCUCGGAGAGGACAGGCUUGUCUCUGUCGGCCGCUGCCCGAAGGGCAGCAUCCCGCUGAAGGAUCUGUGUGGGCACGGGGACAUCCCUCUGAUCGAAGACACUUUCCAGUCUUUCUUGGAGCUCUGCGGCGUCGCAUCGGCACAGCCGACGCGGCAAGCGUUCAAGGAGCUGUUCAAGCAAGACCACUACAAGUGGAUCUCCCUCGAGCAGUGGCGCCAGCGCUACGCCGAGGCCUUCGAGUUCUUCGACACCGACAGCGACGGCCAGCUGAGCAGGGAGGAAGUCCUCUGUGCCCUGGCAGAAUGGGGCUACAGCGUGUCCAAGGCGACGGUCGACACCCUCUUCCUACUGGUCGACUCAGACCCCGAGACCUCCAAGCUGGACCAGGAGGGCCUCUACCUCACAAUGGCUGCCUUGGUUGGCAUCCGUGGAGGGCUCCAUGGGCAGGUGAUGAGCCAGGUAGCCGAUUGA